CGCCCACUCCCGCGCCACACAGCUCAGAGGAUGUCCAGACCGGUUCACCAAGUAGUUACUGGUACUCAGCAAGCGGUCGCGGAAUGCUGUCGACUACCGUUCCCCUUUGCCAAAUGACGACAGCGGCUCUUGCUGCAUUCCGCUUCUGCUCGUUCUAGCUAGCGAUAAUGACAAACGCUUCUCGUCUACAGCUCUCGUGCCAGCUUGCCUGUAAUCGCGGCAUGUUUGUGAGCUUGCAGCUGUGGGGAUACGGGGAUCGACGUCACUCUGACCUCCACUUCCGAAGUCCCACACUACUUCGCGGUCUCCUCCACUGCCUACAUGAUCUAGCUCAUCCUCCGACAUCCACCACACCUAAGCCGCUCUCAUAGCACUAUGCCCCUUCCAACUACCCAGCCCCCUCUCGCAGGCCAUCUCGGGCACUUCUCAACCCAUGAGGGCAAGACCUACCCCUACUUCGUGACUGGCGACGCGUCAUCGGACAAGGCCGUCAUCUUUAUCGGGGGACUGUACAACGGCCUUGGUGAUGUGCCGUAUACGCGCGCUCUUGGCGAGGCGCUAGGCAAUGCAGGAUGGAAGCUUGUUCAACUCCACUGGACAUCAGCCUACGAAGGCUUCGGUACGUCGUCCCUCACUCGCGACGUGAGCGAGCUGCACGCCCUCGCGGCCCACCUGCGCGACCUGAACACGUCCAAGGUUGUCGUUAUGGGCCACUCGACGGGCAGCCAGGACGUGAUCCACCUUCUGACGACGCUGGGCGGCGCCGACGGCGGCAUCAUGCAGGCUCCUGUCAGCGACCGUGAGCACUUUGCCGUCGACAAGACCACGCAGGCGUGGGUCGACAUGCUGCCUACUGCGACGGCCAUGGUGGACGAGGGCCGCGGUGACGAACUCCUGCCCGCCGCGUUUGCGAAGGAGGCCCGCAUUAAGAUGAGCGCAUAUCGUCUUUGGAGUCUGCUGUCGCCGAGUGGAGACGACGAUUAUUUCUCCUCGGACCUGCCCGAUUCGGCGGACGGCGUGCACAAACACCCUCUAAGCGAGAGCUUCGGGGCGCUCAGCGUACCCGCCCUUGCUCUCUUCUCAGAGAAGGAUGAGUUUGGGCAUGUGGCCGACGUGGACGCGCACCUCGCGCGCUGGCGCAAGGCCGCGAAGGGCAAGCUUGAGACGCACGUCGUAGACGGCGCGAACCAUGCUGUUGAGGACGCGGCACACUGGCCCGACCUGUGUGCUGCCACGGUAGCUUGGCUCCAGAAGCACUUCUGAAUACAAUGCAGACGGUGAGCUCGAAGCAAGAGCCUUUGUGUACAGUAGGGGAUAGAGUGUACCAUAGCAGCUCAUGACUGAGUCGUGGCGCGAUCAACGAGCCAUGCAUAUGCAGAUGAUGAGUGUGAC